AUAAAAACUGGUUCAUAAACAAGUUUUGUUGCUGGGACGUUAGUUGUUCUUUUUCCUUGUAUAUGUAUACAGCCUGUAUAAUUUCUUUUAUUUUCUUCGGUAACAGUUAAUAAAAAGACAAGAAGAGGAACAAGAAUUCGUACCUGCCCAUCCAGAACAAGAGAUCGUUAUUCAGGCAGCAGAAAGUGAUCUCAAAAUGACCUGUUAUGUAAAGGAGACAGUAAUUGGAAGACCUGCUGUUGUCCCCUUUGAUAAACUAACGAGUGGAGCCAGGAUCUGUAAGCCCUUUGAAUUGGACUUCAUCGACCAGCCAGACAUUGUUGCAGUGUCACUGAAAAUAGGACAAAAUGAGAGACUAGAAGAUGAACUCUUAUUUCCUUUGGAUUUCUCAACUCCUCACAGAAGAAAGAGAACUUCUCCACAAGAUCCAGGUAGACAGGAAGACUUUGGUGGACAGCUGAAAGAGGUUGCUAAAAGGGUUGUGAAGUAUGAAGAUAUAGAUGAUCUCGGGAAGGAACUCGGCUUCGAUCCAGAAGAUAUCCAACGUUAUGUCAACACAAACAUGAAGACUUCAGAAGUAUCAUACAUGGGUACACUAUCAAUGCUUCGAAAGUGGAGAGAGAAGCAAACCAAGGCAACAGAGUGUGAAGCCCUGAAGCGUGCUCUAAGGGAGGCUGGUCAAAUUCGUCUCGCUGAUGAGCUAUUUGGUACUUCAUGAGAUGCAAAUUAUAUGCUUCUCUCUUGAGGACUACAUUGGUCCAAUGAUAUAUA